AGUACUUCGCUCCAGUCUUUUGCUUUGUAGCCUACCACCGCUUCGCCGCCUCCUCUUUUUCUCCUCUCCCCGCCUAUGCCUGUCCCAGCAAGCAUCCAGCGAAUGUUCGGUCCACCCCCAGACCCCCUACAGGGAACAGUGAGAGAGCGGUUCCGUUCUGAGCACACAGCAUACUAUUGAAAGCUGCCAAAGGAAGACGUGGAUAAUAAGUGUCGUUGUUGACGUAACCCAGGAUUUUUUUUCGGAGGUAUGCCUGUGCCAGACCAGCCAUCAGAGCAGGAGAAGGGAGCCAGUCUGCUGAGUCCAGGUCUACCGUCAUCUAACGGAGAUGGAUCAGACGGGACAGAGACCACCUCCGCUAUCCUGGCCUCCGUCAAAGAACAGGAGCUGCAGUUUGAGAGACUGACCCGUGAGCUGGAGGCAGAAAGACAGAUUGUAGCCACCCAGUUGGAGAGAUGCAAGCUGGGCUCUGAGACUGGUGGAAGUAUGAGCAGCAUCAGUUCGGCAGAUGAGCAGUUUCGCUGGAACAUCCAAGCUGAUGGCCAGAAGGACAUAGAGGAUGAGCUGACCACAGGACUGGAGCUGGUCGACUCCUGCAUCAGAUCCCUGCAGGAGUCUGGAAUACUGGACCCUCAUCAAUACAACACAGGAGAACCUCUUCUUUCCCAGAGUUCUUUGCAGCUCAACUCCACCCCAGAGGCUUCGCUCCAGUACUCCGCCAGCUACCAUAGCAACCAGACCCUCGCCCUUAGCGACAGUGCUGCAGCGGCAACCCCACAGCGCAGUGGACAGGUCGGAGGGGCCGUGCACAGCUACAACCAGGUGACAUCUAGUCGUGCGGCCCAGCAGCAGGCAGGGGGAGGGGGAGGUAGUGGAGGAGACUCCUUCUCUCAGAGCCAUGGCAGUGCCUUUCAUCUGCCUGAUGCACAGCUUCCCACAAUCGGUCAGUACUACUCCAGUUCCACCCUGCCUGCCCAGCGUGUGAGUUCCCCUCUGACUGGAGGUGGAUGUGGAGGGUCUGGUUCUCCCAGCAAGCUGCAGCGCCUGGGCUCAGCCUCAGACACACCGGGCUACGCUACCACCCAGCGCCUACCUUCCUCCUCCUCAUCCUCACCCAACAAACAGUCCCCAGCCAACCGACUCGCCAAGUCCUACAGCACCACUGGUGCCGUGACAACAACAGGGUCUCCGCUGAGGGUGGGCUCUCCACCCAACUCCAUAGCAACAGUUGCCGGGGGAGGGGCUAGCGCUUCAUCAUCCCCACUACACCAGAUGAGUUCGGGCAUAGGGAGCUACGCUACUCUGUCUCCUAAAAGACUGGCUGCUCACCACGCCUCCGACCAGUACAAGAUAUCCCAUGAGCUCUAUGCUACCGCUACGCUACAGAGGCCCGGCAGUCUGGCAGGUUCCAGGGGUUCCUACAGUAAUCAGCACAGUCACUGUGGUCCAGACCUGCGUCCCCUGGGAUCCCCAGACCACCACAAAGAGCCCAUCUAUGAGGACAGAGUCAACCACUACCACAAAGGACCUAUGAGGGGACUGGGAAACAACACUGCCCCAUCCUCCCCCGGUGUCGACUCCGCCUCUUUACAGCGAGCAGGCAGCCACAGCGCCGGAGGAAGCAGCCACAGCACCGGAGGAAGCAGCCACAGCGCCGGAGGAAGUUAUGGUCGUGGGGGUGCCAAUAACUACACUACAGUGGGCCCAGGCUAUACAGCAGAGGCCUAUGCUACAGAUCCCUACACUGCAGAUCCCUACCGUACACUACAGUACUGCCCAUCUGUAGAGUCUCCUUACAGCAAAUCUGGACCAGCCAUGCCACCUGAGGGCACACUGGCUAGAUCACCAUCUAUAGACUCCAUACAGAAAGACCCGAGGGAGUUUGGAUGGAGGGAUCCAGAGUUACCUGAAGUGAUUCAGAUGCUGCAGCACCAGUUCCCUUCAGUCCAGUCCAACGCUGCAGCCUACCUCCAACACCUCUGCUUCGGAGACAACAAUAUCAAAUCAGAGAUUCGUCGUCAGGGUGGGAUCCAGCUGCUGGUAGACCUGUUGGACCACCGUAUGAGUGAGGUCCACCGCAGUGCCUGUGGAGCCCUGAGGAACCUGGUCUACGGCAAGGCCAACGACGACAACAAGAUCACCCUGAAGAACUGUGGGGGCAUACCUGCCCUGGUCCGCCUGCUACGCAAGACGGGAGAUGUGGAGAUACGAGAACUGGUCACAGGUGUGUUGUGGAACCUGUCAUCGUGUGACGCCCUGAAGAUGCCAAUCAUCCAGGAUGCGUUGGCCGUUCUGACCAAUAGCGUCAUCAUCCCCCACUCGUCCUCCUGGGACUCCUCCCACAAUCUCCAUGACGACCGCAAGCAACACACACACACCUCCCAGGUGCUCCGCAAUGCCACCGGCUGCCUCAGAAAUGUGAGUUCUGCUGGAGAGGAGGCCAGGAGGAGGAUGAGAGAGUGUGACGGACUGACAGACUCCCUCCUCUACAUCAUACAGACCGCUCUGGGCAGCAACGACAUCGACAGCAAGACCAUAGAAAACUGUGUGUGUAUACUGCGUAACCUGUCCUACCGACUGGCAGCGGAGACGUCUCAGGGCCAGCAGCUGGGUUCAGAAGAGCUGGACGGUCUGCUGUGUGACGCCAACGGACGUGACGGAGAGACCUCAGGCUGCUGGGGCAAGAAGAAGAAGAAGAAGAAGGGACAGGACCAGUGGGAUGGUGUAGGCCCUCUCCAAGACUCAGCUGACCCUCCUAAAGGGGUCCAGAUGUUAUGGCACCCGUCCAUAGUGAAGCCCUACCUCACCCUGCUUUCAGAGUGCUCCAACCCUGAUACACUGGAGGGAGCGGCUGGAGCCCUGCAGAACCUGGCUGCAGGCAGCUGGAAGUGGUCUGUGUAUAUCCGGGCUGCGGUGCGUAAAGAGAAAGGCCUUCCUAUCCUGGUGGAGUUGUUGAGGAUAGACAAUGACCGUGUGGUGUGUGCCGUGGCCACCGCACUCAGGAAUAUGGCCCUGGACAUCAGAAACAAAGAACUGAUAGGUAAAUACGCCAUGCGUGACCUGGUCCACCGGUUACCUGGCAGUAGCAGCAACAGUACCGGGGGCAGUGGUGGGACUAGUGGAGGUACCGGGGGCCCGAUGGCACCCGGUAAGACCAUGUCAGACGAUACGAUAACGGCUAUCUGCUGCGCUCUGCAUGAGGUCAUCACUAAGAACAUGGAAAACGCCAAAGCACUGAGAGACGCUGGCGGGAUAGAGAAGCUCAUCGGCAUCGCUCGCAGCAAAGGAGACAAACACUCAGCCAAGGUGGUGAAGGCUGCAUCUCAGGUGCUCAGCAGUAUGUGGCAGUACAGAGACCUACGCAGCCUCUACAAGAAGGAUGGAUACUCUCAGUAUCACUUUGUUGGUUCUGCCUCUACGAUAGAGAGAGACAGACAGAGACCCUACUCCUCCUCUCGCACCCCCUCUGUGUCCCCUGUACGAACCUCACCCAACAACCGCUCAGUAAGCGCCCCGGCCUCUCCCAGAGAGAUGAUGAGUAUGAAGGAUCGCAAGCCCGAAAACGACUCCACGGCAACCAACGCAGGUUUCCACAGCAACAAAGGAGAGCACACAUCCCGGAAAGACGCCAUGGCAGUGCAAAUCUCCUGUGGAACAUCCACGUUGUUUCGGAACUCUUAUGUAACUGCUAAUGACGACAUUAAACACAACCAGAUCCCUCCUCAGCCCAUGACCAUAGCUCCGCAGGCAGACUGCUCCUCUACACCUAUAAAAGAAUACGACACGUUCCCUCCAUCCCUCCCUCCAUCCUUCCCUCCGCCGCAGAACCCUGGCCGCAUGCUGGAUGACUCCUUCUUCGUGCCUCCAGACCAGCCCCUCCCCCAGCCCCCGUCUCAGGCUGCCACUGACCUCCGGAUGCACCUGGGCCUCAAAUCCACCGGCAACUACGUGGACUUCUACUCUGCAUCCCGGCCCUACUCCGAACUCAACUACGAGACCAGCCACUACCCGGCCUCGCCUGACUCCUGGGUCUAGAGACAGGAGUCACAACUUAUCUCUGGUCCUGGAGAGACAUAGGCUUGUGCAGGCUUUUGCUCCAGCCUUGCAGUAACAACACCUGAUUCAAGUAAU